AGCACCCAGCAUGCAAAAAGGGUGGAGGAGUAAGAGGUUGCUGCUGAAAAGACAAACAAACAACAACAACAAAAAACAGUCACAGCAGAGCUUCAACUGCCAUCAAAAGGUAGCUUGCCACCUUUAGCAGGACUACACGGAGACCCGCAGCUGCUGCCCAGGAGGUGCAAAGAGGAGGAAACGGCGCCCAGUGUCGAGGCCAGCAGUUAGCUUCCUGGGCAGGAGCCAUGGCUUGGCCACCUUCCUGCUGGCUGUGGGUUCUGGGGGCUCUGGCAGGGCUCUCAGCUACCCCAGCCCCCAAUAGCUGCCCAGAGAAGCACUACCGGGCUCAGAAGGAACUGUGCUGCCAGAUGUGUGAGCCAGGAACGUUCCUCAAGAAGCACUGCGACCAGCAGAGAGCGGCUGCUCAGUGUGAACCAUGUAUACCGGGGGUCUCCUUCUCCCCAGACCACAACGCCCGGCCCCACUGCGAGAGCUGCCGGCACUGUCACUCCGGUCAUCUCAUUCAAAACUGCACCCCCACCGCCAAUGCCGUGUGUACCUGCCCCACAGGCUGGGAGUGCAAGGACAAGGAGUGUACCGAGUGUGAUCCUGCUAGAACCCCCACGCUGACCCCUCAUCUAUCAUCGGCCCCUGGCCCACAACCCACCCACUUACCUUACACCAAAAAGUUGCUGGAGGCCAGGACAGCCAGGCACGUGCAAACUCUGGCUGACCUCAGGCUGCCUGCCCCAGCUCUCUCGACUCAACGGCCAGCCCAGAGGUUCCUAUGCAACUCAGAGUGCAUCAGAAUCUUCGUGAUCCUGUCUGGAAUGUUCCUUGUUUUCACCAUGGGCGGAGCCCUGUUCCUCCAUCAACAAAGAAAAAAUGGACUAAACAAAGGAGAAAGUCCGGCGGUGCCUGCUGAGCCUUGUCCCUACAGCUGUCCCAGGGAGGAGGAAGGCGAAGCCAUCCCCGUCCAGGAGGAUUACCGAAAGCCUGAGCCUGCUUCCUACCUCUGAGCUGGCACUCCCCAGAGGGGGUCAUCACUGCAGAAAAGGCCUGGCCUCCACCUCGGCCCACUGCCCAGCCAGAGGCAAUGAGACCCAGCAACCGCAAAUUCAGUACCAUGCCCUGGCAGGGCCCUUUCCUGUGCACAGACUUGAGAAAGUACCCUUUGAGACUGGUGUGACAAGGACAGCGGGAGGUGGGGGGUGGGAAGCGGGAUGUGUCCUGGCCCAGCCAGCUUCACCUCCGUGCUGGACGAGGGCUGGGGUUCCAGCUGCAAAAUACACUGAAGCCCAGGAAAGCCCCCCGUGCUGUAUUUAGAAACUCAGCAGAAUAAAGUGACAGACUGCCA